AUGGCUGAAAAAAUUAAAAAGUUUUUCCAAAAGAAGAAGGCUGACGCUAAGUUCAAAUUAGCAGGCCCAGGGCAUAAAUUGACUGAGUCUACAAUAAGUAAUCAGAGCUCUACCUCAUCAAGAAAAGAAGUUCCAGUUGUAAAAAGGUCAGGGUUGUCAGAAGAAAGCAAAGUAGCAGCUGAAGCAGCACUCGCUAGAUUACAACAGAAAAGAGAUAACCCUGCAUUUAAUACUUCCCUUGCUGCUAUUAAAGCACAAGUUAAAAAGGAAUUAGAAAAUGAAAAAGCUGGUGAAACGGAAAAGGUGCCUUCAAACAUAGAGAGAGUAAAGCCUGUAGAAACUGAAGUUGAUGUUCCUAAGAAUUAUGCUGCGUCAGGUGUUUACUUUAAAUGUCCACUUAUAAGUAAUGAUAUUUUACCAAGAGAUGAAUGGAAGAAAAACAUAAAGACGUUUUUGUAUGAGCAGUUAGAAGAAGAAAGGGGAUUGACAGCCUGCCUUAUUAUACAUUCCUGUAAUAACAACAAAGAAAAGAUAGACACUUGUGUUGAGACACUUUGCAAAUAUUUGGAGAACAUUGUCACAUACCCUGAAGAGGAGAAAUAUCAAAAAAUUAGAAUGUCUAACAGAGCGUUUUCCGAACGGGUCCAACCCAUAGAAGGUGCAAUGGAAUUACUACUGGCCGCUGGCUUCACUCAACAAACCCUACCAAAUCCAGAGGGAGUUGAAGAGGAAUAUUUGGUGUUUAACAAAGAAAAUGUGCCUUCUGUUGAAAGUCUAACGACUUUAAUCGAAGCCCUGCGCACCGCCGAGCCAAUACAGUUAGAGCUAGAUAGGAAUCUGCAAGUGCUAUUGCCUUCUCAAGCAGCGAAUAAGAUGGCGUUACCCGCGUCCUUCUAUGCACUGACACCAGAGGAAUUAAAGAGGGAACAACAGUUACGAACCGAAGCCAUAGAGAAGAGCCAAAUGUUACGAACAAAAGCAAUGCGCGAAAAGGAUGAGAUGCGAGAAAUGCGAAAAUAUAAAUUCGCCAUCAUCAGAAUACGUUUCCCCGAUGGUAUACUCUUACAGGGUACUUUUUCAGUCUACGAGCGCUACAAUGAAAUCCACGAAUUCGUACAAGAGAACUUAGAACACAGCGGCUUACCUUUUAUCCUUAACACGCCAACAGGACAUAAACUAAUACCAGAAGAAGAUGGUAAUAAGACCCUUAUUGAUUUGCGAUUAGUACCGGCAACCGUGCUUACUUUCGCUUGGCACCCAUCUAUAGCCGAGGAAAUAAAUAAUAGCCCAAAUAAGGAUGUAUAUUUAAAACCUGAAGUUAUGGUCUUAGUUCAAGAGAUAUAG